GACGAGUCGAUUGAGAGGUACAGCAACCCUACAGCGUUCGCCAGGAAGAAUACACCGAUGCCUACGCCCGAGCUGCAAAAGGAGGUAUCCCUCGCCGUUCCGGGGGGGAAGAACGCCAAACUCGAGAUUCACCUGCUGAAGGAGCGAUCGUUCUGGAGCAAGGUUUCGAUUUUCUGGACGUUCCGGUUGUCAGAUGUCGAGGGAGAUGACAACGCCGAACAGAUGGUGGUGGCGCUUGUCUUCGAUAGUUGGACGGGAUCGAUUGAAAUAAGCGAAAACGCAAUCGUCAAGGUAGAUGAAAUCCAGAGGCCAAUAAUGGGCGGCUCUUGGAUUACAAAGACUGAUUUCGGCCGGUUGGAGAUCAAGAUCGUGCCGUACUGGACAGGAUACCAGUACGAGCUUUGGCACGAGGGGAAGGAGGUGUACACGUUCUUCGCAUGAGAGGCCGAACUGCACCCAAGUUUGACGUCCGCGUUCUGAAGUGUAUGCCUCUCACAGAUGUGGGAUGCCAUUGUUUUGUACUUCGAAGUAGGUUGAAUUUUGGACCCCCCCCCCCCCCCCCCCUGCGUUGAAGAGAUUCCGCCACCUGCGGGCAUGCUCUCAGUGCUGUCAGCAAUAAAAUCUGUAAGUUAUCUUGCUUGUAUUGUGAAU